CUCUCUCUCUCUCUUUUCCCUUUAUUUUCUCUCCACCUCAUUAGCCUGCAUUGGACCUGCAGGCUUGCAGUGGCUAUGGCACAAGAGGCAUGAUGGAUAAAUAAAUAAGUGCAUAAAGGAGGCAUUGAGAAGGGGUCUGCCCAAACGUUUCUGAGUCUUGUGUUGCUGGCUGCACUGAAGAAAAGAGCAGUGAAAGGAGACAGAGAGGAGAAGUGAAGGUGAGGAGAGGAGACGAAUGUGCUCUGCAGUGAGAGACAGAAAAUCAGGACAGUGUGUUAACAGAAGGGGGUGCUAAGAUUUGGAUUUCACUGCGUUGCAGAGAUGCAGAACAGGACAGAGGCUACAGUACCACUGCAGCACAGUACUGACUAAAUAAGAGAGAGGGCAAGAGAUAAAGCACCCUCACCAUGCAGUGUGCUUUUUUCAAAGGCAUACUGGAACCAGGACCAGGUGAGACACAACCAGGCUGCACCACCCUAAACCUACCAGCUUACCGGCACUGCCUACUAAACUGAGAGGCCUUCAUGCCUUGGGAGUGUGCAAGACGACAGGAGAUAAGGAGGAGGGAGAAAAAGUGCGAGGGGGGAGGAACCAAAGAAGGAGGAGGUUGGGGUGCUGUAUUUUUGGGCGAGGGAGCUCCUGAAUUAAGAGCUGGUGAAAUAAAGAUGUAGUGUGAGCUGGAGGCAGAACAAGGAGCGUGCUGUGCUGCAGUGGAGAAAAGUGGAAUAGACGCCGGUUGAACACACACACCCACUCACAUAUCCAGCAAGACUCUGCCUGGACAGAGAGAACGGACCGUUACUGCCGCAGGGCUUAGAAGAUGCCCUCUCGCUGUGGAACAGCGGUGCGGAUCUUUAUCACCACUCUGUUUGCAGCUGUGGUGCUCUUCGCCAUCCUGCUGGCCUAUGUGACUGGCUACCAGUUCAUCCACACUGAGCAGCAUCACCUCUCAUUUGGUCUGUAUGGCGCCAUCCUGUCACUACAUCUGCUGCUGCAGAGCCUCUUUGCUUACCUGGAACACCGCCGCAUGCGAGCACCUUCACGACCACAGCACCUGCGCUGCACUGUUGCCCUGUGCAUUGCUGCUUAUCAGGAGGACCCAGACUAUCUACGCAAAUGCCUUCGUAGUGUGCGCCGCAUCUCCUUUCCCAGUUUAAAAGUGGUUCUUGUUGUAGAUGGUAACCGGCCUGAUGAUGCCUACAUGAUGGACAUCUUCCGGGAGGUAAUGGGUGGAACAGAGCAGGCCGGAUGCAUGGUGUGGAAGGGGAACUAUCAUAGCAAUGGAGGUGCAGGAACAAGCUCAGUGAAUAUGGAAGAGGCUAUUCGGGUGGCCAGAAUAGUGCGCAGCUGCCGGUACUCCUGCAUUAUGCAGGAGUGGGGUGGGAAGAGGGAAGUGAUGUAUACGGCAUUCAAAGCACUGGGGAACUCUGUGGAUUAUGUGCAGGUAUGUGAUUCUGACACGGUUCUGGAUCCAGCCUGCACAAUUGAGCUGUUGAAGGUUCUGGAGGAAGACCCAAAUGUAGGUGGAGUAGGAGGAGAUGUACAGAUCCUGAACAAAUAUGACUCCUGGAUUUCUUUUCUGAGCAGUGUCAGGUACUGGAUGGCAUUCAACGUGGAGCGUGCAUGUCAGUCGUAUUUUGGUUGUGUUCAGUGUAUCAGUGGACCUUUGGGGAUGUACCGCAACUCCCUCCUCCAGCAGUUCUUGGAGCCCUGGUACCAUCAGACCUUCCUGGGCAGCAAGUGCAGCUUUGGUGAUGACCGUCACCUUACCAAUCGAGUCCUCAGCUUUGGCUACAAGACUAAGUUUACUGCACGCUCACAAUGCCAGACUGAGACACCUACUCACUACCUCCGCUGGCUCAAUCAGCAGACUCGCUGGAGCAAGUCUUACUUCCGGGAGUGGCUCUACAAUGCUCUUUGGUUCCACAAACACAGCCUCUGGAUGACCUAUGAGUCUGUGGUAACUGGAUUCUUUCCCUUUUUCCUGGUGGCCACAGUUAUCCACUUGUUCUAUCGAGGACGCCUGUGGAACAUCCUACUGUUCUUGCUAACAGUUCAGCUGGUGGGAAUGGUGAAGGCUACCUAUGCCUGCUUUCUGAGAGGCAGCUUGGUCAUGAUUUUUAUGUCUCUCUAUUCCCUGCUGUACAUGUCUAGCCUCUUGCCAGCUAAAAUCUUUGCCUUGUUGACUAUCAAUAAAGCAGGCUGGGGCACAUCUGGGAGGAAGAAGAUCGUGGUGAAUUUAAUUGGGGCUGUACCAGUAACAGUUUGGGCACUCCUUUUGCUUGGUGGUGUAGCUUAUACAAUUUACUGUGAGACACAGGAACCUUUCAGUGAAACUGAGAAGGUGCUACUCAUUAGCGGGGUUAUCCUUUAUGCCUGCUACUGGUUUGUACUUCUGGUGCUCUACUUGGCUAUAGUAGCCAAGCGUUGUAACAAGAGGGAGGAACAGUAUCACCUACCCUAUGCUGAGGCCUAGAAUGCCUUAACAAUGUUACUGGAUAAACUCUGUGGGACUGGUUUGAUUCAGUCUUCUACCUCUCUGGUGCUAGGCUCAUUGUCAUAUUGGUGAAGGAUGCAUAGUCACUUGGUUUGCAAGACUACUGAGCUUUAUCGCACCAGUUAAGAUACAUUAUUGGCCUUCCAGGAAGGUACAGUUGAGCUGUACAGCAUUUUUCCUUCUCAAAUAUAAAACAUGGAUCAGAGGAAUUGUUUAAUCAUGGUGCUGAGCUCAUACCAUCAUACAUGAAUAUAGUGGUGUGGGUGCUUAGACUCAAAUUUGAAUCACACACUGUGGUGAAAUACCAUUCUUGGGAAGAACCGCAUAUUAAACACUGCAAACUUACACUAAAAUGAGCCGAUUUUCAUAAAAAUUGACAUAAUUUGCCUUAGUUUGAACAGUGGUAAAUGCAAUACCAAUCAAGAUUCUGUUGGGGUUUGUACUAUACCAAAAGUUUUUUCAUUCCUUAUUAUUUACUCCAGGAUUCUUCAGGAAAUAUUAUUUUACGCUGUACUGGGAACAACCAAAGAAUAUUUUAGGGCUUAUUUGCUUAUAAUUAAUCAUCACAAAAAUGUUCAUAUUUGCCGUUACUCUAGAUGCAGCUGCAAAUUGCGAUUAAACACACCGAUCACAUCCUUCUUAAGAAGAAAUGCAUCAAGCUUGACUGUGCAACCUGAAACUUGAAUGAAAAAUGAAACAAUUUGCUGUUUGUUUACAAGUUAAUAGCAAUGUGAGUUUAUUAGAUAGAAUUCCUUUUAUAGAUCUAGAUUUAUAUGUUAUUGUAUAUUGACUUCAUAUUAACUGUCAAAUUUUCAUACCAGCAAAAUUCUAAACAUUACAGCACCCAAAUGUAAUAAUGUUUACAUGCAGUUCAGUUAAGUAAAUGUGGAUUAGCAGUUGUAGAAGUAAAAUCUGUUGAACAUACUAAGAUUUGGAUUUAUGUUUUUGCCCUCUCUAUGCCUAGAACAAAUACCAAAUCAGCAGAUGUUAUGGGUUAUAGAGUGGUUAAUCACAUUUACUGUCUCAAAUCAGCUCUGUUUGAUUUCAGUGUCAGCAUGUUGAUUUACAGUACUGAUUUAUUACAUAAGCACAAUGUGCACCUACUUCUCUGACAACACACUCAGAGAGGUGGAAUAAUCUCUAGCAAUUUAUCUGUGUAGUGUGUUAUGAUGUACAUAUUAUUAUGAAUUCAUAAAAUGGCUGUCUGCAUUUAAGUGUUUUUUUAACGGUUUAUUCUUGAGAAAUAGACAGCUGACAUGCAUAUACACUUGUAUACUUUUCAUGGGCACAUAUGAGGUUUAAUUGUAAAAUGUGUCAAGUAGAAUUUACUAAAAUUCUAUAGACUUUAGAAUUUUCCAAAUCACUGCUUCAAGAGAACACUAAAUUUUGAUGCUUACAGUAUAUAAUGAUGAAGCCAGAAUUGUCAGAUCACAAACCUGAAUGCCCAGGACGACCAAGUUUUAUCCUGGUGUUGAUUUGACUACAAACACACCCAUUUUUCGUAAAUGUAGUACAUUGUGUGAGUUACUACAUUUUCCCCUUCCAAUAAUAACCAGAAAAUGUUCUCUGAAUAAACUGAAAAUCAUUAUUUCAAAGCACGUCUGUAGUUAAUUUCUAAACAUAGUUAAUUAAGUUUAAGGGUAACCAAAGUAUAGUGCAUGGCAAACACAUUAGAGCUUGCCCAGUGAGCUAGCUAAUGAUGUUAUAGUCUGGAUGUUAUUUCAGUUGAAAGAAACAGUGUUGAAACCAAUCAGCUACAGACAGUCGGCGUGCAGGAUUAAUGAUUAUAUCACUAAUUGUUCCAUAUUUAAAACUUUUAAUUUAAAUAUUUAAUUUUCAUUAUCUACUGUAAUGUCUAAUCUGAUCUAAUGUCUGAUAUAACCAGUGCAAGAAUAAUAACACAUUGCUCUCCAUGUUAUUGCAUUUCAUGUUGCAGUACUUUUUCAGUGAAUAAUGGCAUUUUUGUGAGUCCAGUAAAAUAAGUACAACAUGAGGAUUGUUUUAAUAGUUAGAGAAAGUGUGAUCGCUUUUAGAAGGUCUUUGUAUUUCAAAUCAAAUUCACAUACACAACACCUUUGGGUCAGAAAUGAAUAAGGGUGAGUAAACUGUGUUGUGCAACAUCAAUAAUUUCAUUUCAUUUCAUAUUUUGUGUAAAUGCAUAAGAACACCAAUUGUACUGUUUUAAACUUAUUUACAUUUAUUGUGUAAAUUGUUAAAUAUGUUUAAAAAAAAUUUUUUAUAUCAAUAUUUACUGCUUAUUUUUUGCAGAUCU